UCGCCUAAGUAGUUUCGUCUCGGGUUACAUACGCGAAUUGCAGUCUGCGGCGGACCCUUCUAGGGCCAUUUUACACCCUUGCUUCGUCGGGGCUAAAACUCUGGCGCUACCUCAACUGUAACAUCAGCGAGUUAGGAUGUAUCUUAUAUGAGCGCUCAUCCUAAGCUCACGUACCGCUCAGAACUCCUCUUCCACAUCGCCAGCCACCUAGAGCCCGACGUAAAGAUUUCCAAAGAAGAUGGCUACGGCUCGACGACUUCGCUCGCUCUUCAUCUCACAGAUCAGCCGACAGCUAUACCCCCUCAGAGUGCCGCAGUGACACGCCAGCAACAUAGAGGAAGCACGCAGUCACUACUGCAUCUAGCAUUGACCUAUAAAAGCCUUUUACCCAUUGCUCAAGAAUCCUUGUUCACGAAUGUAUCGCUUCCACGACAAGUACAAGACCGCGAAUGCGACGGCUUCUACCCAUCACCCAUGCUCUACUUCUUGCGCACGAUCAUUGAGCGACCCGACCUAGUAAAACAGGUGCGCACUCUAUCUAUAUGGAUAAGGAGAGGCGUACCCAUACGGCCUUUGCAGUACUUAAGCGAAUCAUCAGAUCAUAUCCCAGGUAGCCUAGCAGCGAAGAUGGCCGACAUUGUGUACACUUUCCCUGACGGCCCCCAGCAAUACGGUGCCGGUCACGCGCGAUGGAUCCAGAGCCUCUCUUGCCCGAGCGAGCUGAUGGUCGCUAGUUUGAUACUGGCGUCUUUGCCUCAACUGCAAGCCGCCGAGAUCUACGCCAAAGCAGCCCCUAGUUUCAACCUUGGUCGCUGGGAAAAGGACAAUGUGUAUAACAAUCUUGGCUGGUUUCUCAACAGAGAGAAGGAAACUGGUAUCCAUCGGCUAAGUCAAGGUCUGGGCAUGACGAAUAUAAACAGUCUGGCUUUGUCUACCAACCUUGACUGGCUGUGUAUCAACAUCACCCAUUUGCGAAUUUCCUUGAGGGUGACGUCGCGCCUAUCACAGACUUGACCGUCCUCUGGGAAUGCAACGACAACGUCAAUCCAACCGGAAGGUUACAACGCAAGAAAGGGAAAAAGCUCAGGUACUUGUGUAGAGGGCUCAAAAGCCUGCAGGCGCUUCGUCUCAACUCUCCAGCGUACUUGCUUACUAGAGGCUGUGCCCCAUACACAAUGGAACGCAUAGUCUUUCAGCCAGCUGAUGCGUUGGCUUUCAAGUUCGCGGAGAAAAUUUGCGGAUGUGCUUUGGGUUAUCGCCUCGAUAGGCUGCGUGUCGUUGAGUUGCA